CCUGUUGAUUACAUGCGUUCAUCAGUAGAUUGUUUAGGACGGAACGCAGGGACGGGGUGUUUGCAUCGAUAACGUUGGUAAAUGUACCAGAGACCAAAUGAGAAAUUGUUUGCGCACCAUGGAGCUCUCACACGUUGAGCUGUGUGCAUCAUAGAGCGGCCAGCCAACCCAGCCAUGGCCAUGGCCCGGGUCAAGAACGACCUGUCGGAUGGCAGUGGCUGGGAGAAGUUCUGCGAGACCCAGGCGAGGUCGGCGGCGCUGGACUUCGCCGAGGCGUUCCGCCGCUUCGUCACCGACAACUCCACCGGCCAGAACUGCGUGCCGUUCUCGCACAAGGACUUCAUGAAGAAGUUCCUCGAGAGCUUCCAGGAGAACUUCGAGCGCGAGAUCCGCAAGUGCAACCACCUGAACGGCUACGCGGCCAACAACUGCUCCAGCUCGUUCAGCCAGGAGCAGCUGUGCGACAGUCACGAGGGCGAGGUGACGGCGGCCAAGCCGCCCGGCCGCAGCCUGCUGCAGCGGCUCGGCUCCUUCAAGCAGCUGACGCUGAAGAAAGGGCGCAGCGUGUUCCACAAGCAGCACUCGGACGAGGUGGAGCUGUCGCCGCACCGCGGCCGGGCGCGCAGCGACAAGCUGCGUGGCAAGCUCUCCAAGAUCGUGGUGGAGAUCAAAUACCAGGGCAUCGUCAACUUCCUGACGGGCGACAAUCUGGACGUGUGGAGCCGGUGCCGGCUGGCGCUGGUCCGCACAGGCGCCGGCUACCUGCUCGAGUUCUUCACACCGCCCAAGGCGCUGAAGCCGAAGAGUGGCGUGUUCUGCUUCCUGAUCACGGAGGCGCGGGAGACGACGGCGCUGGAGAUGCCUGACCGCGAGAACACGUUCGUGCUGCGCGCCGAGAACGGGCUGGAGUACGUCAUCGAGGCGCACGGUGCCCGGGACAUGAAGACGUGGCUGUCGGUGAUCCGGGCCAGUAUGCGGCCCGAGAGCACCGGCGGGGAGCCGUCCGAAUCCAUCAGCUUGCCUCACAGCCUGACCUCGUCGGACGCGGCGCUGCUGGAGCGGCCUCUGGGCUCGCACCGGCGGCCCGACCUCUCGCACGAGGAGGGCGGCCCACCGGAGCUGCCGCCGCGGCUGGCGGAACGCCAGCUGGAGGGGCGCCGCAGCGUGCGCGCCGCUGGCGCCGCCGACGUCGCGCCCCGCCCGCCAGAGGAUGGCGUGGUGGACGCGUACGGCGAGCUGCACGACUACCCGUGGUUCCACGGCACGCUGGCCCGCUCGGACGCCGCCCAGCUGGUGCUGCAGGAGGCCCAGCUGGGCCACGGCACCUUCCUCGUGCGACAGUCCGAGACCAGGGUCGGCGACUACGUGCUCACCUUCAACUGCCAGGGACGGCCCAAGCACCUGCGACUCACCAUCUCGCAAGAGCGCCAGUGUCGCGUGCAGCACCUCUGGUUCAACUCGGUGUUCACCAUGCUGGAGCACUUCCGCCUGCACCCCAUCCCGCUGGAGUCGGGCGGCAGCAGCGACGUGACACUGGGCGAGUUCGUGCUGCAGGCCGGCCAGGGCAAGCGCGCCGUCGACAACCCCUACUCGUUCGUGUGA